GCCAGCCCUAACUUCCCACCAUCCAUUUGUUUACACUCUUUUUUUAUUUUUUAUUUCACAGGCGAAAUAAAAAAAUGAGCACUAUUGGAGCUAUCCAGAUGUAUGAGCUGACAUCCGGCUGAAGAUAUCAGCUCAGACGAGCAAAACAAAGACAUACAUGGGCUGGACUCAGAUGCAGAGAUUAGAGUUUUUUAAUCUUAGAUAAAGGCUUUUGCUGUGGCAUGGGAUAAGACCAAACACACUGGCACAGGAAAAAGUGAGACUAUAUAAGACAUGAGGGAGGGAAUCACAGGUGGAAACAACAAGGGGGGGGAUUAGACAGUCGCACCAGUAGGGAAACACCAGGGCAGGAAAUAAAAUGGCCUGAAAUGAGAGGAGAGUUAGUGUUUCAAAAUAAAACUGUAAGUGCAACAUGAGACAACAUAGGCGACAGACAUUGACCAAAAGUGCACAACUCAGAACAUAACAUAAGACUGAGGAGACAUGGCAGGAUCUAUUUGUCUAGGAGUGCAUUCAAAUGGAGCAGAGCAAGGGAGGCUGUGGCCUCCAAUUUUUGUACAUAACUAAACUUUGUCUGCUCCUGUUUCACAAAAUUUGAAUAAAAAAUACAAUUUAAAGCUUAAUUUUCUUAACUGAUGUCCUCCAUCAAGAGCAAAACGCCACAAGGAGAUGUUAAAAACAGAGUUUUCAUGUUUUCAGUUUCUUGUGAUUCUGAUUCCAAAUGAGAGCUCAAGCUUCUUCUUUGAGGACCUCACUGUUCCAUUUCGGUCAAUUGAAACAUCCAUAAGACUCAGGAAUCGAUUGUAACCUCUCUGGUUUGCAGUCUCCGUAAAGUUCCAUGGCGCGCACCUGCGCUUCUGCAGAUUUGGCCUUGCUUUCACGAGCACAUAUCCUCCUUUGGCUGACAUUAAGCAGAUGUUGCGGCUGCUGGUCCACGUGCCACCCUGGUCCCUGGCGGGAUGGGAGGGGAGGACGGGGCGUAGGGCAGGUCCAGUAGGGCGCGGUCUGUUUUUGCGGCACCUCAUCUGUGCUGAGAGGAUCUCCAUCCUCAGUCGUGCCAACAGCGCUGCGACGCACUGAAAGCGACCAAACCACUGCGGGACAUCAUUUGACCGCCGUGCGCGGCGGUCGGCCCACGCAGCGCGCGCGUCUCUGCGUCUGUCUGGGGCUCGUUUUCUCACAGGUUCGACACUGAGGCGACGCAUUGAACCUCCAUGCCAAGAUAAACUUCAGCUCGCCUAUAUAUGCCCCUGCCUCUGCGUCCACUCAGGACAAGAGCGCGCUGGUUCCGUCCAGGACGCUUUUUCAAACAGCGGGUAUGGCGACUUGUGGGGACUCUGCCGCGGGUCCUGCCCCGCUUCCUCCAUUCUAACUUCAUAAAGCGAGUUGAGGCACUUCAAUAAACCGUGACUUUUCGACCUCCCGUUAGGAGGGGAGGGGGGUGGCUGUCACGUCGGAACCGGAGCGGAAUGCUGCUCACCACGCUGGUGACGUGCCUCGCCGGGUGCGCCAUGCUCCUGUCUCCGGCCAGCGAGGGCUGCGGACCGGGCAGGGGUCACGGCAAGAGGCGGUCGCAACGAAAGCUGGUGCCGCUCUCCUACAAGCAGUUCAGCCCGAACGUGGCCGAGAAAACGCUUGGAGCCAGCGGGAGGUAUGAGGGCAAGAUCACGCGAAACUCCGAGCGCUUCAAGGAGCUCACCCCCAACUACAACCCCGACAUCAUCUUCAAGGAUGAGGAGAACACAGGUGCAGACCGCCUCAUGACACAGCGAUGCAAAGACAAGCUGAACUCUCUGGCAAUAUCUGUGAUGAACCUGUGGCCGAAAGUCCGGCUCAGAGUCACCGAAGGCUGGGACGAGGACGGCCAUCACUCAGAGGAGUCGCUGCACUACGAAGGCCGGGCAGUGGACAUCACGACCUCGGACCGGGACAGGAACAAGUAUGCAAUGCUGGCGCGGCUGGCUGUGGAAGCCGGGUUUGACUGGGUCUACUACGAGUCCAAAGCUCACAUCCACUGCAGUGUCAAGUCAGACCACUCAGUGGCUGCUAAGUCUGGAGGCUGUUUCCCUGGGGACGCCUCUGUGAUGUUGGAGAGCGGCGCUAAGAAGCCCAUCAGGGAGCUGCGGCCUGGUGAGCGGGUCCUGACAUCUUCGAGCAGCGACGGCAGUGGGGGGCUGGCGUUCAGUGAGGUCUUGACCUUUCUGGACCAGGACCCCGACACCCACGGACUCUUCUACACACUGCAGACAGAAGCAGGGCCGGAGCUGUCACUUACUGCCGCCCACCUCCUUUUUGUGUCCGAGGGAAACUGCUCAGAGGGGACAGUGCCGGGCCCUGGCGCCCUCAAAACUGUGUACGCCAGUGACGUCCAGCCUGGACAGUGCGUGCUGGUGCUAGGGGGUCAAUCUGGGUGUUUGUCUCGGGUCAACCGGGUCAGCGUUGCCGUAAAAAGAGGUGUGUUUGCGCCUCUGACCCAGCAGGGCACGGUGGUGGUGGAUGGGGUGUUGGCUUCCUGCUAUGCAGCGGUGAACCAGCACCUACUGGCCCACUGGUCCUUUUCCCCCCUGCGGCUGAUGCACAGCUGGACUGGGAGCACUGGGGGCCACAGCGAGGGAUUGCACUGGUACGCACAGCUUUUAUACUGGCUGGGGAGGAAACUGCUGAGCUCUGGGCACCUCCACCCUUUGGCCGUGGCUCAGGAUAACAGGUGAAGCCCAACAUUUAAGCCUGAACGCGAUCCGAACACAAGAGGAAACUGGAACUCUGACGUUAUGGUGACGAAAACCUCAAAACUAAAUUUUGUUUGAGCACAAAUGUACUCCCGGAUGUGUAGAGCAGACCUUUAAGGUUUGAAGGAUUUGAAAUGUACAGCAGGCCUUCAUAUUACCAUGAGCUGCUUUUGCGUCUGUCUGUUUUAUAUAUGUUGGUUUGCUCUGACAUCCUUUAUUUAUUAUGUUAUUAUGAAUUAACCAAAUCUUUUCAGCAGGCGUCAGCAGGCGUCUCAACAGGUUAACACUGUGUUUAAAGCCCUUUUCUUUAUUUAUUGAAAAGUUUAUGCCCCCUUAAAAACAGAUUUUCUGCCUUAAACGUUGAUCUUAAAAAAACAAAAUAGUUUCAAAGACACUUAGAUAUUUUAAAAUGAGCCUUUCAGCCUUGUAUUAUCUUUUAAUCUCUUUUUAAAGCAAUUUCCAGUGGUCUUUAAAUUAUGAUUGGGACAUUUUUAGAUAAAAUCAAUAAACCUGUAUCAUUUUCUAUAACAUUGUUUCUGCAGAGUAAGCCCGCCCCCACUUCCUGUGACCCAUAAUUUAGAGCUCUAGGUUUAUAUGCUCUCCCACUAGCUUACAGCCCCUGACAACCCCAACAUAACAUUACCGGUGCAACAAAAAUGUUGAGCAAUAUUGGAGCUAUCCAGUCGUACAGCUUGAGCCAGAUACUAGCUCGGAUGUGGAAAAUAAAGACGUACAUAGAUAUAGUCGUCUACAAGUAGAUGCAUCAGAAUGGAGCAGAGGAGGAAGCUUGUGCAUAAAAUUUGAACUACUCUGAAAAACAGUUUUAAUCAAGACUAUUGCUUUAUGUCCUCAAUCAUGAGAAAAAUACUACAAGACCAUGUUAAAAAUACCAAAAACACUAUUUUCAUAGAAGUGGGCCUUUAACAAUCCUAACACUGAUGUUAAGAGCCUUUUCAAGAGGUUUUGUUGUCCUUAAAAACAGACAUUCUGCCUUAAACAGUGACCUUAAAAAGCCAAAACAGUUUUGAAAAAAAAAGGAGUUUUAGUCCUUGAGAAUCCAAGAACAAAUUCCUUCUGGACUUUUUUUUAAAUGUAAUUUUAUUUAUCUAUUUAUUUAUUCUGUGUUUAGUAAUUAACAGCAGCCCCUAUUUUUUUAAAACAUUUAAAAUAAAUUAAAAAAAAAACACAACAAUUGAACAAAUAAUACAGAGGACCAAAUUUUACUCCAUGGGUUUUCUCGGGUUAAAAAUUAACGUUUUUUAACAAAUAUCCUACAUUAUGCGCAAUCCCUUAAUAUUUUAAACUAGAAAACUAAGGGAAAGUCAAAUUAUAAAGUUCUUUUAUUAAAAACUAAUUCAUGCAUCAUUAUGAGACAUAUUGCUGAACAUUUUGCUGGUCAUAGUUGGUUUUGUAUUGAAACGCUCUUAUAAAUGUUUGACUUCCUGCAUUUGAAGAAAUACUACAUUGUAUUAAAGUUGUUUACAGUCAAAUGAUAGUUCAAGAGAGUUAUUGUUGGGAAGAAGAUACAUUACAAAGAUAUAUUUUUGAAAAUAAAUUCUAUGGAAAUUA